CCGCCUCCGGUUGCUGCCUCCGCUGCUGCCUUCUCCUUCCCCACCUCCUCCGUCAGGGGAGCGUCUGCGGGGGCCUGAGGGGCGGCGGCGGCGGCUGUGAUAUGGAGCCGGGGGACGGCCGCCGAAGCGCCGAUCGUGGGCAGGGGGCCGGGCCCCGGAACACUCCGCCGCCCCGGGAGCAGGAGCGGAAGCUGGAGCAGGAGAAGCUCUCGGGAGUGGUGAAGAGCGUCCACCGGCGACUCCGCAAGAAGUACCGAGAAGUGGGAGAUUUUGAUAAGAUUUGGCGAGAACACUGUGAAGAUGAGGAAACACUUUGUGAAUAUGCUGUUGCCAUGAAAAAUUUGGCAGAUAAUCAUUGGGCAAAAACUUGUGAGGGGGAAGGUCGUAUUGAAUGGUGUUGUAGUGUUUGCAGAGAAUAUUUCCAAAAUGGUGGGAAGAGAAAAGCACUUGAGAAAGAUGAAAGAAGAGCUGUACUUGCUUCUAAGACCACUCCAGCCUUAAAUACGCAUGACUCUUCUAAACUUGAAGGUCAUUUAACCAACCUCAGCUUUACAAACCCUGAAUUUAUAACUGAGUUGCUACAAGCCUCAGGAAAGAUCAGAUUACUUGAUGUUGGCAGCUGCUUUAACCCAUUUUUGAAGUUUGAAGAAUUUUUAACUGUUGGCAUAGACAUUGUACCUGCUGUAGAGAGUGUUUAUAAAUGUGACUUCCUGAACUUACAGCUUCAGCAACCACUCCAGCUUGCACAGGAUGCUAUAGAUGCUUUUUUGAAGCAACUAAAGAACCCUAUUGAUUCUCUUCCUGGAGAACUCUUCCAUGUGGUUGUUUUCUCUCUCCUUCUUUCUUAUUUUCCAUCACCUUAUCAGCGAUGGAUUUGCUGCAAGAAAGCUCAUGAACUGUUAGUGUUAAAUGGCUUAUUACUUAUCAUCACACCUGAUUCCUCCCAUCAGAACCGACAUGCAAUGAUGAUGAAAAGCUGGAAGAUUGCUAUAGAGUCACUGGGUUUUAAACGCUUCAAGUAUUCAAAAUUUUCACAUAUGCAUCUGAUGGCAUUUAGGAAAAUCUCCCUAAAAACCACAAGUGACUUGGUUAGUAGGAACUAUCCAGGGAUGUUAUAUAUUCCUCAAGAUUUCAACAGUAUAGAAGAUGAGGAAUAUUCUAACCCUUCCUGCUAUGUGCGAUCAGAUAUAGAAGAUGAACAAUUAGCAUAUGGUUUCACAGAGCUCCCUGAUGCUCCAUAUGACUCAGAUUCUGGAGAAAGUCAAGCCAGCUCUAUUCCUUUCUAUGAGUUAGAGGAUCCCAUAUUACUUUUAAGUUAAUAUAUAAACAGAAGGCCCUUUCAGUCCAGACUCCUAAACUUACACUAAUUGAAAAUAUUAACAUGAACUCAGUACUUAAAACCUGGUUUGCAUAGAAGAAAUGCAAAGGUUUACAGAGUUUGCUAUUUUUUUCUACUUCCGGAUUUUAAAAUUUAUUCUUAUAUGGAAAGCUUAAAGUUUCAUGCAGAGUGACUCCUGUCAUAGCAAAAACCACUGUUACUUUAGCAGUUAGCACUAAGAUAUCAUAGAAAGGUACCUUUUUGUUUUUUUCCUCUUUAGUGCUACUGUGAAAAAUGAAGCAUAAUUUGCUGUAUGUUUUCCUUUUCAGUUUUUCCAUGUUGACUUUAAACCAUUGCAGUGGGAAACUUUAAGAUAUGUAGAAAGCUAUAGAUUGCACUUUGACAACUCACAAGUUAAAUAUGACACAGAGAUAGAUUGGCUUAUUUCUUUUGUGAUGCACUUAUCUUUUUUUUUCUAACUAAAUUGUUACCAAUUACAGAAAGCCAUUUUCUGUUCAAUUUUGUCUGAUGAUCCAGUAUUUCCUGAACUUUUUUAAAUUGGUGAUAAUUCUUUUUCCUUCUUUUUUUUAUUAAAAGCUCAUUUGGUAGCAUCAGACAUUGGGGAAAACAUUUUCUCCAAAAUAUGUAUUCUGAUUUCAUUAGCACGAUACAGUAAACACCAUUGCCAAAGUAGUAUUUUCAUAACUUCCUUGUUGAUUUGAGCCUUGGUGUGAAGUAUAUUUAUCUGUAAGAGUUCACUUGUAUCUUUUUAAAGCUUAGGUUUCAUUUACAAAAUUUUCUACUUACACAAGGAACAAUGUAGUACUCAAUACUGACCUAAAACACCUUUGUGAAAGGGUUUGCACUUGUUAAGAAUUUAUGUUCUAUCUCAACCAACUUUGGUAGAGUCCUCGCCUUUCCAUUAUGGAGGUGCUGCACUACAAGUUUGAAAUUAUAGAGAAAAUUUAGAAAUAACCCUCUGCUGGUAAUCUCAAAGUAAUUUUGACCUUUUGGUAUCCUAACUUCUAUCUAAAUCCUAGCAGAAAUUUCUUUGAAUAUAUAAACCAUUAGUUGGCUGUGGGAAUUCUCCCUUUCCACAUUGAUAAAUGCUGUCUUUCUGAAUCAGAAGCAAAUGAUUAAGGAGAAAUAUAUGCCCAAACAAGACAAGAUUAGUUUUAAACAAUUAAGAACAUUUAGUCCAUAUUGUCUUGUCAGUCAGCAAUUGUCAUGUAAACUAUCAUUUUUAAGAGUGCCACUGUGUGGAUUUUUUUUCAAGUGGUUGUUACAUUAAAAUUGCCUCAUACUGAGGUUUUUGCACUGAAAUGUCACAGUUUCAGAUUUCAUGGUUAACGUGUGUAUGUGUAUGUGUGUUUUUAAAGGAAAUGCAUUUUCAAUAGUUGAUCCUAAAUUUCAUAAACUGCACUUCUUUAUUCUGGUAAAACUGAUGUUUUUGUGCUUAUUGUGAAUUGCUGUAGUUAACUUUAAAUGUCAAACUUUAUUUAGAAGUUUAAAACUUACCUUUCAAGAUAUAAACAACUGAGUAUGUGUACCUAAUAUUUCAAAUUAAACUUCACAAGCUAAUUAAAAGAUUUCAGAAUGUUAACUAACCCAGAGUCAGUUGACUAAAUGCAAUAAAUAUUGGUUGCUGAAAUAUUCCAUAAGUAACCUAAAGUUUUUCAUUUACUUUCAACAGCAUAAGAUUCCUUAAUAAUUGGGAUUUUUUUGUUUCUAGUUAAGCACUGCAGGAUCAUGUCUUGUAAUUCACUCAGUAUAAACAAGGAAUAAAAUUUUAAAAGCACUGUCUUCAGGAUAAUACAGUUUUGGUAGUACCUCCUUUAAUAUACUGUGUUUUAUUUAGCAAAAUUUGAUCUUAAGAGUGAAGAAAAUAUUGUACCAAGUGAAAGUGCUUUGAAAGUAAAUGAAAGCAGUGCUUUUGAAGGGCAGAUUAAGUAUAUACCUUGGAGUCAGAGUCAGCCUUUGUGUUACGGCUAAAAUGUUGGUGCUAUAAAUUCUUCUGAUUGUUUACAGAUGUUCAUUCUGCUUAUGCUCCAAAGUGUGCAUGAUGUAUUUUAAGUAGUACUUUAAAGAAAAUUCUCUUUAAAACCUACCACUUACUAUAAAUUUAUUUGAAUUUAUAUCAUUUGUUACUGUAAAUUCAGCUCCUUCAAAUUAGGUUGUCAUAGAAUUUAAGACAAUGCAUAUUCCACCAAAGCCAACUCAGUGUAUAAGUGUUGAAAGAUAAACAGUCAUUAUGGCAUGGUGCCAAAUCAUAAAUAUAGUGACAAGAGAAUUUAAUAGGGCCUUCUGAAACUGUAUAGGUACUCUUAAAGAUGAUUUCAUUUGAAUAUAAAGAAGUUAAGAGUCCUCCUGGCACAUUCACAACAGAUUCUUCAAAAUAAUUUGGUGUUUCAAAAACAAAUGAUAAUCAUUUGGUUGGAUUUUUCAGGAUCAUGACUCAAUUAUGUGGUUUUAUCAUAGUUGCCAAGUGGUGGGAGGUAGCAUUCCUGAAAAUGUAUGUUUGUGUUGUUGUAUUUUUUCACAUUUUGUGAACA